UGGUUUGCUGCUGGUCUGCCGUUGUGCAUGUGCUGGUGUGCUGGUGUUCUUGAUUGGUGUGUCCUGCCUUCCCGUGCCGGGGCGAAGAAUGAGUGUGCUGACUGGCAUAAAGACAAGGCUUGGGCUCGUCGGGGUUAGCACGAAUGCCACAUCACGUGGUGUUGCCCGUGAACGUUUAUCUAUUAUCUUGGCACAUCAGCGAGGAGACGUGCUGCUCGAGGGUAUCGAUCUCAAGGCAUUACAGGCAGAGGUGUAUGAGUGCGUGAAGAAGUACAUCUCUGUGGAUGCGAGCAAGCCUAUCCAGCUUAGUGUGAAACAAGAUGGAGCCGUGGAUGUCUUCGAGAUGCAGGUUCACCUAGCGGGCGAGUCAUCUCAGCGAAAACGCGACGUGAAGCCAUGAUCUGCAUCACAUCACGCCGACGGACGGCCACCGGUGCUUUCGUGUUAAUAUUGUCCGAUACAGGAUCACACGUGUUGGUAACUGUGUGGAAUGGCUCAUGUAAAUAGUUUGGAUGACACUGCACACCUUGCGCCCCACAACAUCAAGUGUACCAAUCCUUAAGAGGGGUGGCUGGUAGCCUCGUGGGAUGACCCGGUUGCUUCACUAAGGUGCAACCCACCUUCGUCGAGGCAGAAACAUGCAUCGGUUGUUUUCCUUUACCAUCCUUCUUGCCGCUUGCUUCGACAUUGCGGGCAUAUGUGUGGCCAGGGCGUCGGAGCUACAUGAAUGCGAUGUUGCAAGCUUCUCGCUCCCUCCGUUCCAUUGGUCCUUGGAAAGAGUCACGCAGUUUCUAAGCGAAAACUUUGUUGAACAAGUGAGUUAUUUGCAAAGCGUUAUGUUUGACGGAAAACUGCGGACCUCUGCCGAACAUCGCCAGAUCUUGAAGAUCGGAUACAGCUGUAAACGUCCCGUCUUGAUCGAUCGAUGGAAUGAACGCUUCGAUCAUGGACAACCCGUCUGCCACUCUGUUACAAGGCCUGUAUUCCACCUGUAAGAUGAGGGACACCGCCAAAGCACGGGUUGGUAGGGUUAAAGAAAAAAAAGCCUUGCUAACGAUGCGAGCCCUUUGUUGGGAAUCAAUCAC